CACAAAUUAGUAGCAGCCCACUGCCCACCGAGGCAGAGUAGAAACCCCAUCAUGCCGCAUCACGGCAUCACGCGCGUGCCUUCCUCGACCCUCGCUACUGCUACUGUCUCGUCUCUUGCUCGCAUCGUCUGGGGACCGCGGAGCGGCGGCGGCGUGGCGCAGCGGCACGGCAGCCUCCCCCUCGCUCCUCCUACUCCGGCUCUUCCCCUCUCCCCCUCAGCCCUACGCCCCUGCGCGGCUGCGUGACCUGCGUCCAGCCGCAGCGGCUGGUGCCCAUCGGCGGCAAGUAGCAGAGCAGCAGCAGCCGCCGGCGGUCCUCCCCUCCCCCUCGGCCUCGCUCCGGCUCUCCCAGUCCCAGCUCGAGCUCCGUACUGAAGGUUGAAGCAAGGCCUCCAUCUUUGAGACCCUCGCGGGCGACGAGCUCUAGUCUUCUGUUCCUGCUGUGCGAGACGGAGCACCCAAACCCAAGCUAUUUAUAUUCGGAUCUGAUCUGAUCCAAUUACAAGUGUAGUUUACACAAGCCGCGCAUAAAAAGGUGGCCCUUCUGGAAGGAUCGCGCGGGCCAAGCAUGUCUAUCACCAUCAUGAGUAAUACCGGGUCGUGAUGCAAUGGCGUGCGCUGUUUUUUUUUCGUGAUAGUUGGUUGACAUGAAAAAAAUUGCUGUAGUUUUGCUGGACCGCGUUCAGGCCACCCACUGGUUAAGUUUAGGACCCAAAACAGAUUGCCGCCAUCAAAGAUGGAAUCUGGGAGCACGUUCUAUGGAGGGGAAGGUCUCUCCAUCGACCCCAAGUGGUUUAUCGACCCGAAGCUUCUCUUUGUUGGGCCACGCAUCGGCGAGGGCGCUCAUGCAAAGGUCUAUGAGGGGAAGUAUAAGAACCAAAAUGUUGCUAUCAAGAUUGUGCACAAAGGGGACACCCCUGAGGAGAUGACCAAGAGGGAGGGGAGAUUCUUGAGAGAGGUGACCAUGCUGUCAAGGGUGCAGCACAAGAACCUCGUCAAGUUUAUUGGGGCCUGCCUAGAACCUGUCAUGGUGGUCGUGACAGAGCUACUAGUGGGGGGUUCGUUGCGCAAGUAUUUGGUCAGUCUCCGACCUAGGAGCCUUGAGCCUCGUGUAGCAGUGGGGUUUGCAUUGGACAUUGCCCGAGCUAUGGAAUGCUUACAUGCACAUGGGAUCAUUCAUCGUGAUCUUAAGCCUGAGAAUCUGUUGCUGACUGCAGACCAGAGAACAGUAAAACUUGUUGAUCUUGGUUUGGCUAGGGAAGAGACACUAACGGAGAUGAUGACUGCUGAGACAGGAACAUACCGUUGGAUGGCUCCAGAGUUGUACAGCACAGUAACACUGAGGCAUGGAGAAAAGAAGCAUUACAACCACAAAGUAGAUGUCUACAGCUUUGCAAUUGUGUUGUGGGAACUCCUCCACAAUAAACUGCCCUUCGAGGGAAUGUCUAACCUUCAAGCUGCCUACGCUGCCGCUUUCAAGAAUAUCAGACCAAGUGCCGAUAACUUGCCCGAGGAGCUGUCAGAAAUCCUAACAUCCUGCUGGAAGGAAGACCCAAACGACAGACCAAACUUCACACAGAUAAUACAGAUGCUCCUACACUACCUAUCCACCCUUUCGCCACAAGAGACCUUGGCGGGCCCCCGCCGCACGUUCAGUUCGGAGAACACAAUCCUGCCCCCAGAGUCUCCCGGGACAAGCUCGCUGAUGGCUUCGCGGGGCGACCUCGGCGACACGCCCAAGGGCAAGAAGGAAGACAAGCCGAGGGGCUUCUUCUUCUGUUUCAGCGAGUGCUAUUAGCACGAGCCCCCCCAAAGGGGGAACACUCCGAUAAGCUUGCAAAUACUGAACGAACACCGUCUCUCCCCAGCUCCGAUGCCCUGCGACUCAAGCCAUGUCCAGCCGGUCAAGUCCCAGGCAUCCAUAGUCCGCACCCUGAAGAACGGAAGUGUAGUCGAACACUGUUUUGUUUUCUUCUGCUAAUCAAGGUCUCCUGCAUCGCUGACAUGCUGAUGACAUAUACCAGCAGGGUAAAACGACGGGUAAACCUUUUGACUCCAGAUAGUAAUGGUGGGAAUAGCUUACCUCCCCUGUGUUUUCUGGCGCACCAUGGUGUAACGGAGUUGCUAGAGCGCGACUAUAGAUUGCCUUCCUGCCUGCCUGUCUCGCCCGACAUCGUAUAGAAAUAAAACCAAUAAUUCGCAUCUGUCGGUUUGUCUGGUUGCAAAGGGUAAGCUGCCAGUCCUUUUG